AUGUUUGCGCGGUUUUUUACUAGCCGAAUUUGUACACGAUGCUUUCUACGCCGACGUAACCUGUUUACCACCGCCACCCCUCAUGAGCAGACUGGCCCACUAGACAGCGGACAUGUCCAGCUCACCAAUCGCGGACUUAUUUCCCUCACUGGUGCAGAUAGCACUGCAUUUUUACAGGGGUUAAUAACCCAGAAUGUCAUCGCAUCGAAAAACCGGGCUAGUCUCACCACACCGUUUUACGCAGGCUUUUUGAAUGCUCAGGGACGGGUUCUGCAUGAUGUUUUUAUUUACCCAAACCAUGAUUCGGAAUCGGGAUUGGAAUAUUUGAUUGAGGUGGAUAGAGAGCAGGUUUCCAAUUUGCUAAAACAUUUUAAAAAACACAAGCUGAGAUCAAAGCUCAAAUUUCGAUCAUUGGAAGAAGAGGAAAAAACAAUUUGGGCAGCUUGGGAUAACAUAGGAAACUUACAGACCCAGCGAAGGCUUGAUCCGACAAAGGGUGUUAUAUCUUGUGUUGAUAAGCGUGCUCCAGCUUUUGGAUAUCGAGUACUUUCUCCAAGUAGCGAUUUGCGCAGCGUAAAAGAUACACUUCCUGGACAAGAAGCACCACUCUCUUCAUACGUGCUCCGCCGAAUCCUUCACGGCAUCCCGGAAGGGCAGAGUGAAAUAUUGCGGGAAUCUUCCUUGCCAAUGGAUAGUAACAUGGACAUAAUGGGUGGCAUUGAUUUCCAUAAAGGUUGCUAUCUUGGUCAGGAGCUAACAAUACGGACACACCAUCGCGGCGUGAUACGCAAACGAAUAUUGCCAGUGCAGCUAUAUAGGAUCGACGACACUCGACCACCACCCGUUCAUUCUCAUUUACCCACACACUUGCCGGAUACCAACGUAUCUCUUCCGCCUGCAGGAGCAAACAUUACAAAAUUAAGCGCAUCAGGAAGAGGGCGCAGUGCAGGAAAGUUUAUAUCUGGUAUUGGAAAUGUUGGACUUUCAAUCUGUCGGUUAGAAACGAUGACGGACAUCUCUUUAACGGGAGAGUCAUCUCAAUACGAUCCGGAUGAGGAAUAUAAUAUUUCAUGGGAGGCUGACCCAAGUGAAGGCAUUUUGGAAGCUGGACAAGUGAAAGUAAAGGCAUUCGCUCCUUCCUGGGUGAGGGAAUAUAUCUUAAAUGGUGGAGUAAGGCAAAGGACGACAAGAGAUGAUGUGCAAAGAGCCAGAGACAUGGUUGAGAAAAUGGAAGAAUACCAGCAGUAA